AUGGACCGAGAAGAGAAAGAAAGACAGCGUAUACUGUCGAUUUUACAAGACUCUGACUCUGAGUCUGCGUUGUCAGACCAGGAGUGUAUUGAGGAAGAUCAUUUGAGUGAGCGUAGUCAUCCCAGUGAUACAGAGCAAGAAAUCUCAGAGUCUGACGAUGAUGACAUUACGCUAUCUACGCUGUCGCAUAGAAAUCGUUCGCCACAGUUGGAAGAACAUUCUACAUUUGGAUCGACUUCGAGCUUUUAUCGUGGCAAAGAUAGUACGAUU